CCUAAUUCAACUUCAACCCAACACUUGAAAUUGGUAUUCUGAGAGAAAAAGGUCAAUCGAAAUGGGAGAAGAACGAGAGGAUCCGCAGAAGUUGAAGAGAAUAGCGGCGGCUGCUUACGAUUACGAGAGCGACUCCAGGUGGCCGGAUUACUGGUCUAACAUCUUAAUCCCACCUCACUUAGCUUCUCGCACUGAUGUCGUUGAUCACUUCAAGCGCAAGUUCUAUCAGCGUUACAUCGAUCCUGAACUUCUUGUUGAGGCAAUGACUUCAACUGGGUCAUCUCAAUCAGCAAAAUCUUCCCCAUCCUCGGCUGCAUCAGGCACUUCAAAUGAUCAAACUCGUUCACGGAGCACAGGUUCAGCUGCUAGGACCUCUGGGACAUCAACAACUACAAGUCAAAAUGCUAGUCCUACUUCUGUGCGCUGGGAUCGCCAAACUAUACAGUUCUCUGUCAAUGCUUGGGUUUUUGUUGUGGCUGUGCUUGCAAUUAUUCCUCUUGUACCCAGAAAUCUCUCAAGUAGGGCAUACCGGUUGUCAUUUAUGGGCACAGCAUGUUCAUCUCUAUAUUCCUUGUACUCACUAUAUGGGAGACCAAGGGCACUGAAUCUGCAGGGGUUGCAAGCUUACUUUACUACGAUAAUUGCAACUAAGGAUUUCAUCUACUUCAUCUACUGUCUUACAUUUGUCACUUCACAUCUUUGCCUCAAAUUUGCAUUGAUUCCCAUUUUAUGCCGAGCAUUGGAGCAGGUUGCGAGGUUCUUAAGGCGCAAUUUUGGUGGUUCCACCAUAUACAGGAAGUAUCUGGAAGACCCCUGCGUUUGGGUGGAGUCAAACACGACGACCCUCAGCAUUCUUUCAUCACAUGCGGAAAUUGGACUUGGCUUCCUCUUAAUUCUCUCUUUGUUCUCGUGGCAGCGAAACAUUAUACAAGCAUUCAUGUACUGGCAGCUUUUGAAGCUCAUGUAUCACGCACCUGUCACUGCUGGCUACCAUCAGAGUGUAUGGGCAAAAAUUGGAAGGACCGUCAAUCCGCUUAUCCACCGCUAUUGCCCAUUCUUGAAUACUCCAAUUUCUGCUGCUCAAAGAUGGUGGUUGAGAUAAGAUUGGAAUUUCUCUGUGUCAUCACUAUUAACAUUUUGCAGUAAAACCACUAACUUCAGAUAUAUAGCUGGGCAGCUAUAUGGAUUAUGGGUUAUAGACGCUGUGUAGUUUAACCUCCUGGUUCUUUUUUUUCCAUGUCUAUCAUAUAACUGCUGUAUAUGUUAGUGGAUGGUGGCUGCUUGGGAAGAUUCAUGGCCUCCCAUUCUGAUAAAUUGCCGAAAUUCUUUGCACGAUUUGAACUCUAUAAUGAUAAUGGCAUUUAACUCUUCCCUUA